AUGGUUCAAGAGAUUAUAAAUGGGCAGAUGGCUGAAGUCACAGAUUUUUGCUUGUGGCAACUGCCAAGUCCCAAUAGUUUUGCAGAGGCUGAAGACACAUAUUUUUGCUUGUGCCAACUGCCAAGUCCCAAUGGUUUUGCUGGGGCUGAAGUUACAGCUUUUUUCUUUUGCCAAGUCCCAAUAGUUUUUUGUCUAAGUAUUGUAAAUUGCUUCUCAUUGAAAAAGGAUUAUGAUGAAAAAUGUCUACUACUACAACUACAAACAUGCCUUCUCAUUUCUUACACUAGCAACACCUUUCCAACUGAUUAUGUUCCAACCGUUUUUGAUAACUUUAGUGCGAAUGUAAGUGUUGAUGGGAGGACUGUAAACUUGGGCUUGUGGGAUACUGCUGGUCAAGAAGACUAUAACCGACUGAGGCCUCUUAGUUAUAGAGGAGCUGAUGUUUUCCUACUUGCCUUUUCUCUCAUAAGCAGGCCUAGCUUUGAGAACAUCUCAAAAAAAUGGGUCCCAGAGCUAAGGCAUUAUGCCCCAUCAGUGCCCAUUGUCCUUGUGGGGACAAAACUAGAUUUACGAGAAGACAGGCAGUUCAAGAAGGAUUAUCCAGGAGCCUGUACUAUUUCCACAGAACAGGGUGAAGAACUGAAGAAGCAAAUAGGAGCAGUGGCAUAUGUUGAGUGCAGUGCUAAAACACAGCAGAAUGUUAAGGCUGUCUUUGAUGCUGCAAUUAAGGUAGUUCUGCAGCCUCCAAAGCUCAAGAAACCGAAGAGAAAAUAUAAAGAUAAAAUUACUCCGUCUACCCUCGACAGCCGACACUCUCGUACUGGCUAUUCAAAUAUCGCAUCUCUGCAAAAGAAAAUGGCGACACUGAGGAAUCUGAAGAUAAAGACAUCAACUUGCAAGAGAAUAGUGAAGGAGCUUCAUUCCUACGAGAAGGAGGUCGAGAGAGAAGCCGCCAAGACAGCAGACAUGAAGGCCAAGGGCGCCGAUCCCUACGACCUCAAACAACAGGAGAAUGUGCUAGCUGAAUCAAGGAUGAUGAUUCCUGACUGCCACAAGCGCUUAGAGGCUGCUCUGGCUGACCUUAAAGCGACACUGGUUGAGUUGGAAGAGAUUAACCAAAAGGACGGCCCUGAAAUCGAAGAAGCGCGAACCAUCAUACCAGAAGUAGAACAAUUAUUUCAAUCUACGGAAGCUUAG